ACCCCACGGCCGCCUCUGCCAACCACAGACGGGGGUCUGACUUGACAACUCAGCCUCCCCUCGACGAUUUUCGUUUUACCACACCAUCCCCCGUUGCCUCGUGAGCUCCUACGCUAUAGGACUCGAGAGGCUUGUCGCGGGCUAACAUGAAUGGAUUCUCGAAAGCCCAGCCUGGACCUGGAAAAGGAACUGACGUGCUCUAUAUGCACCGAGCUCCUUUACCAGCCUCUGACUCUUCUCGACUGCCUGCACACUUUCUGCGGAGCUUGUCUCAAGGAGUGGUUUAGCUUUCAAGCUGCGAAAGUAACGAGGUCACCGACCCCACCAUCACCGUCCGACACCAUCUUUACCUGCCCAUCAUGCCGAAGCGCCGUGCGGGACACGAGGCACAAUGCCACCGUUGUCACUCUGCUCGACAUGUAUGUCGCGGCGAAUCCGACCAAAUCGCGCUCUGCGCAAGACAAGGAGGAAAUGGCCAAGAAGUACAAGCCGGGCGACCAGGUGCUCCCGAAAGUGGCUACUCGAGAGCGGACAGCUGAAGAGGAGCGGGAAGAGGAGGAAGACAGACGGCUUAUUAACGAGGUCAGGGAGAUGAGCUUGAGGGAAGCUACUACGGGCAUCCCGCAACCACGGAGGCCUCGUAGGCGUGGGGAAAGCCGUUCUGCCGAUGGGCGGUCGCGAUCGUCACGGAACCAGAGCGCAGAUGGUCAUUCGCGACGAACACGAGAAGGCAGCCGACGACCGCGCAGGGACGACGGUGCUAGCCAAAGUUCUGGCCAUGUAACAGAGGAGAGAGAACGACGACGACGGGACCGAAGCGAAAGUGGCCACCACCAAGUCGAACAUCAAACGUCUUUGAGAUCGUUGAUCGGAUCUGCAGACAUGACAGAGCGUGACAUUGAGAGGGAGAUCGAAGACUUUGCGCGUCAGAUUCAAGAAGAAGGCCUGCUAGAUGGCUUAGAUCUGGAUAAUAUUGACUUGACUCGAGAUGACGAGCUGGCCCGCCGCAUCACCGAAGCCUACCGACGUCGGCAAAGGGAACGGUCCCGACUGGAAGCUGUCAGGAGAAAUAAUGCAGGUGCCCAGAACGGAGGGUCGCGGCCUGCAGAACCCAACGCAUCCGACUCAAGGUUACGGGCCCCGAGCACGGCCCGGGCUAGCAGCCGUCCUGGAAGUGGCUCUCGAUCAGCCAGCGGAAGCAUUCAAUCUGAAGACCGCAGCAGGCCCCCGCCGUCGAAUGCAGCGACACUGGACGUGCGGAAUGCGACUAGAAGGACGAGAAGUAGAACGGCCAGCGGUAGCCGCAGCGCCACGACUCCUGUGUUCUCAACUGUUUCGGACACACGCCCUGCCGCACGAUCGCAGACCGACCUGGCGCUCAGGACGCGGACGUCGGACCCGGCGACUGGUCGGCAUAGCUUUAGCGAAGGCCGAAGCUCGAGCACCCCAUCGGUUCCCGUCACGGCCAAUACUCCGAGUGAGCUUCCGACUUCGGCAACUGUGGGAUAUCAUGCUUCCUUUGCGAGCCGCGUACCGCGUUGGAAUCCGACAACAGAAGAACGCCCUACAACUUCGUCGGAUACCAUGACAAUACAGCCACUCCGACCACACCGGCCUAGUGACCUGGCCGUAGUACAUUCGGCUGUGUCGAGCCCCGUUAGCAGCCCGGGGGGGAACGGUCACCAACGGACUAGGUCUCAGCUGUAUCCUGAGCCGUCCAUUUCGUGCUCAAGGUGCGGCAAGGGACACAUUGAAUACGAAGUGCACUACAACUGCGCGAUUUGCUCGGGGGGGCAGUGGAACAUGUGCCUCGACUGUUAUCGGGCCGGGAAAGGGUGUCUGUACUGGUUCGGGUUUGGGUACGGCGCGUGGACCAAGUGGGAAAAGGCACGACGACAGGACGAAUCGCUCGCGCCCCCUCAUAUGUUAACUGCUUGUCGGUACCUCCCACCGCCAACGGUUCCUGGAGGUGCAGACGGACGAAAGACGUUGACAACGGACGACCCGAGAGGCAGGCUGGAGACUGGCACGUUUUGUGCCAAGUGCUCUGCUUGGACGAACAAUUGUUACUGGCGCUGCGAUAUUUGCAACGAAGGAGACUGGGGCUUCUGCAAUGACUGCGUCAACCAGGGUAGAUCCUGCACUCAUAUGCUCUUACCUUUGACGCAUGAAGCCUCGCAGUCGCUUAACCGGCCUAGGAGCCCGCGUUCACCCGGCAGGCCACCGGCGGCAACGGUGCUAUUGGGACCCCAGGCGACCAGCAUUGGACCGUUUAAGCCCCUUACAUUCCGGACGAGAUGUGACGUUUGCCAGGACGGCAUUUCGCCGCUACAGGUGCGAUAUCACUGUUUCAGCUGCACGAGCGUCUUGGUACCAGACGCACCGCCGGGGGACUACGAUAUUUGCGCUUCGUGCUACAAUAAUCUUGUUGGUCAAGGGCGAAUUAGCGCUGAGAAUGGUCAUUCCGGCUGGCGGAGAUGCCUGAACGGACAUCGGAUGGCGGUUAUUGGGUUCGUGGAUGGCAAGGUCGGGCAGUGGAGAUUUGUCGAGCGAGACAUUGUCGGGGGACGGGUGCUGCGAUCGGAGCCAUACGAAGGCCCGGAGCAUGCGGAUCAAGGACUGCAGACAUGGUCCUGGCGGAGAGGGGACGAGACGUGGGAGCGACUCGUUACCAAGGAUGUCGCGGUAACGGCUCCGGACGCCGCCGGUUCGGUCACGUACACACGAAGUUUUCCGCCAGACGGCGGAUUGGGCCUGAGAGCACACGCCAGCUGGUCGUGGUACCCGAAGGAAGAGGCGGGGGACGAGCUGCUUUUCCCCAAAGGGGCCGAAGUGAGGGAGAUUGAGGAUGUCAACGGGGACUGGUUUUUCGGAACAUACAUGGGCGCGAAAGGAUUGUUCCCGGCGCCGUACGUCCGGACGUCGGAGCCGGGCCCUUGAGUUGUGGUAGGCGGCUUCCGGGACGGGCAGGGUUGGGGCAUAUGUAUGAGCACUGUAGCAUGGCAGAACAAGCGGGGUUGCUCCAACGUUCGCAUAUAAAAUUGGAUACUGAGUUACUAACGUUAUGAUUGUCU